AUGGGUGACAAACCUAAUUCCCAACCCCUAUGGGAAGAUCUUACUUAUGUCGAGGUAAUGUCGCCUAAUUUAGUUACGCCAAAUCAGGCUUGUCUUAGGUGUUGCGUGGGAUACAAUCACGGAUGAGUUUGUUUUUCAGUUCGAUAAUUUCUUGAGCAAAUGUGCGAGCCUGGAGCAAACCAAACGGAAUUUACUGAGUGCAUCGGCCUCGAUUUUCGAUCCAUUGGGUGUGAUUGCUCCCGUCACCGCCAGAAUCAAAACAAUAUUUCAGUUGUUAUGUAAAGACAAAUUAAAUUGGGAUGACCUUAUCCCACCGGCAUUUGCGUCAAUUUGGAACAAGUUUUUAGAAGAAUUAAAAUCUCUGCGGGAAGUAAGACAAUCUCGGUUUGUUUUUCAUUUAAAUUUUCAUUCCGGAAUCCGAGUUGAACUUCACGGGUUUUGUGAUAGUUUAAAAGAAGUCUAUAGUGCGGUCAUUUAUCUGCGGUUUGUUUGCAGUAAAAGUGCAAAAGUGUCUUUUUUGGCGGCGAAAACCAAGGUGGCGCCUUUAAAAACCCUUACUAUUCCCAGGUUGGAACUAUUGGGGUGUUUGUUAUUGAGCAAGUUGAUCAAUGAAGUUGUACUUGGUAUACGAGGGCGUGUUGAGUUGGAUAAGGGGAGAGGAGCGAAGCUGGGAACCUUGGGUAGAGAAUAGAGUUGUCACCAUUAGAAAGGUUGUCGAUCGUGAUCGGUGGAAUUUUGUUAAAGGAGAACUGAAUCCUGCAGAUAUCCCCCACUAGGAUAUCAACUAGUCUAGUUGAGUGUUUCUCAGGAUGUUGGUUUACUAGUAGGUCCUUCGGUGUUGUUGUCUCAACCUUCUGCAUACAGAGGCGAGAGAAGUGAUACUCUUUGUGAUCAAACGUCUUUGGGCGGGAAGGUUGUGGAAGAGGAUAGUCAUUCUUCUGAUGUUCUUUUCAACAACGCGACACGGAAUGACAUACCAGGCGAAACGUGUUCAUUGUCUGAUGUCAUAGACUGCACUCGAUAUAGCUCGUUGAACAAGUUGGUUGUCACCACCGGUUACGUGAUAAGAUUCUUGAACAAUUUGCGAAAACGAACGAAGAACCAUGGAAACUUAAUCACGGAGAACGUUCUAACGGCUAACGAAUACGAGCAAGCGUUACACAUGUGGAUUAAAGAAGAACAAUCUCUGAUAAAGGGACAAUCAAAUUUUGCUAACGUUUGUGCUUCAUUGAAUUUGUUCGAAGACAAAGACGGAUUUUUACGGUUAAAGGGACGGUUCGCUAAUUCUAAUCUGCGGUACCAAGACCAGCAUCCAAUGAUAUUACGAGGAAACGAAAGCUAUUUCACACAAUUAGUCAUUUGGGACGCGCAUAAGGCGAGUAUGCACCACGGAGUGGAGUCGACAUUGGCAAGAGUACGGUCAAACUACUGGAUCGUGAAAGGGAGAAAAAGUGUCAAGGAAGUCCUCAGAAAAUGUGUGAUUUGCAAACGGUACCAAGGAAAACCGAUGUGUGCUCCUGCUAGUCCUGAUCUGCCACAGUGUAGAAUCGAUCAUUCGGGAUUCGCGUUUCAAGCGACGGGCUUGGAUUUUGCUGGACCGUUGUUUGUGAAAGAUGGUUCAGAAACGGCCAAGACGUACAUUCUACUGCUAACGUGUGCCACAAGCAGAGCGAUCCACCUCGAACUGGUCUACUCGAUGUCAAGUGACGGAUUUUUGCGAGGAUUUCGGAGAUUUGUAGCUCGUAGGGGUGUGCCGGAUGUCAUUAUCAACGACAACUUUAAGACUUUCAAGUCAGUGGAGGUCAAACGAUUCAUGUCAUGUCAAGGCAUUCGGCAACAGUUUAUUCUACCAGCGUCCCCAUGGUGGGGUGGCUUUUACGAGCGACUCGUCCGGACAGUUAAGGGUUGUUUAAAGAAAACUCUCGGGAGAGCAUAUACGACAUUCGAAGAGCUGCAGACAAUCUUGUGCGAAGUAGAAGUGGCAAUCAACAAUCGGCCACUUACGUAUGUCAGCGAGGAUGAUUUGGACGAACCUUUGACGCCAUUCCACCUGAUGUACGGGCGAGGCUACUGCAAUCGGAUGAAAAACACGGAUACCAUACUUACGGCGAACCUUGGACAGUACAAACAGCGGUUGAAACACUUGAAACACUCAGCGGCUGAGACAAAUGAACCUCUACCGGAAAAGGAAAACCAAUACGCGAGGUCUGACCGUUGGUGAUGUUGUUUUGAUUAAAGAGGAUGAACCAGCACCUCGGGCACAGUGGAGGAUUGGAAGAGUCUUGCAGCUGGUGAAAGGACGUGAUGGACUGGUCAGGGGAGCUAAAUUGAAGGUUCUAUCAAAGGGUGGAGCUCAGUCGUCGGUUCACAGACCGUUACAAAGGCUAAUACCUUUCGAGAUCGUCCAGGAUGACGUCGACAAGCAUGAAGGGGAUGACAACGAUAAGAACGCAGAACAGCAUAACACGACUGAGACCGAGUCAAGAGCGGAUGAGCGAAAAGGAAGUAGAAGACCAACGAGGAAGGCGGCGAUCGAUGGAGAAAACUUGCGGAGAAUUCGCGAACAGUAUACAUAG